UGCUGUCAUGCCAUCAGUCAACCAAUGAAACCGUCCUGCGGAGACAUCUUCCUAUUCCGUGGUGUCAAUUUGAAGAGGCUGUUGCAUGAAUUGUUGUCACAGAACGCAGUGAAGCUAAAACUAGAAGACAACUUCUGGAAAUGGCUCCAGAGAACCAGAGGGAAACGUCCCAACAAACAUCGGCUAGUGAUGAAGAGGAGCAGGUGUGGGAAGAUCAGACUUCCCCUUCUGUCACUGAAAUUCACAACUCAACGACUGAAUGUGAAGAAGAAGCGAGGCCCAGUCUGGUGCAGAUGGAUGAGAAGACGUUUGUGUUUCGUUUGCACUCCUUCAUGAAGGAAAAAGGCACACCCAUAGAGAGGAUCCCUCAUCUGGGUUUCAAACAGAUUGAUCUGUGGAUGAUCUACAAAGCUGUUGACAAACAUGGAGGAUAUGAAUCAGUGACAACGCAUCGUCUUUGGAAGAAAGUGUACGAUGAGCUGGGAGGAAGCCCAGGCAGCACCAGUGCUGCCACCUGCACCCGAAGACACUACGAGAGGCUGGUGCUUCCUUUUGAGAGACACUUAAAAGGCGAGGACGACAAACCUCUGCCUCAGAGCAAACCUCGGAAGCCGUACAAGAGAAACCUGGAGGGGAAGGUGAACAAAGCAGAUGGGAAAAGAAAGAAGACUUAUUCAGAGAGAGAAAUGGAAACCGAGUUACUCACCCAGAGAAGUGCGGACAUGGCCUGCCAGAGUGAGGCAAUGAUGCACCCCCGCUUUGCUCUCUGGGCUGCCAACCCUGACCCACGCCACUCAGACCACUCUCCACAAAACAGAACCAACAGUGAUUUCUGCUCUCCUGUCAACGGCCACGUGCUUCAGGUCCCGGCACCCAGCUCCUGGGUGGCGCACAUUCCCUCUUCAACUGCAGAGGUCAUCUCUCCUUUAGAGAAGAAGAAGAGGAUGGCUCAGGCCAGCCUCAAUGUGCCGCCAGCUUCUCAGAGAGAGGACAAGGAAAGGCCUUCCGUCAUCCAGUGCUCCCAGUCUCCGGCUCAAGUGUCUCCCAGCAGGAAUGGAAAUUCCUCUGAUGGUUCUCCACUGCCUUCGUCCUCUUCAUCCUCACGCUGUUCUUCGCCUGUUUCUGUUUCUUCAGAGGACAGCUCAGUUGUGAAUGUGGAUAAAUCAACAACAAGCACUGGGUCGACUGAGAACUCUUCCAGCACCACCAAAGCAAACAAGGAUAAGAAGUCCGCGAGCUGCAGUCAGACGCCACCGCGCCCGAAAGAGCCAAAAAGAGACGUUUCACAAGUCAGCUCCCAGUCUCUGAUCACUGGCCCAGUCAAAAGCCAGACUAAAGACUCCGCCUGGAGGCCUUAUCACAACAUGACUGGCAAACACUUCACACAUCCUUUUCACCCUUCCUCCUCCUUCUUAACAUCUACCUCUAGUUUCUCUAAAGUCAUUCCCAAAUCCGUGCAGCUCCUACGACCUGCUCCCAUUCGGCCAAGCUCUAAAACUCCUCACAGCAGGCUGCUUCAGCAGGACGGCACACUGACAGGUGUAAAGAAGCUGGGCAGCAUGGCCCCCUGGCUUUAUCAUGCAGAGAAGAGGGAGAGAUCCAGGACAAUACCCCAGAAGCUUCCUCCAACCCAGCAGAGUCUGUCUCAGUCCGCCACUGCUGCCAGCACCCUGCCGGCAUCCUGCGUCCUGUCAGGCUACAACAAAUCAGGGAGAGACUUUCGGCAUCAGCACCCAGGGCACCAGGCAUUUCUGCACCACAGGAUGAGACUUCCUCCAUCUCAGCUGAUGUACCAACAUGUCCCAGUAAGUCCGGGUCUCAUCGGACCAGCGGUCUACCCAUAUCCCUACCCCAUUCCAUUCUUAAAUUCUCAAUAUGGAUACACCCUACCUGCAACGAAUCCCAUCUACCCUCACAAGCUUUGAGUUUCUGAACGGCAGCCCUGAAACCUAAAUAAGCACUGCUCACUAUAUGAUGAGAAUAUUCAAAAAUAAAUAAAGGUGGUGUAGUGAUGGUUAAAGAGGAUUGUUGUUGGUGCAUUAUUUAAAAAACAACUAUGCAUAAUUUCUCUUGCAGUUACACUAUUGCAAACAUUUAGAUGGAUGGAUGUAUAUUCAUACUGUGGUGUUAUUUCACAUUAUCCCAUUUUGUCAAAACAUCAGUUAUACAUCACUCAUCUUCCAUUGCACUUGUCUUUAUUCUGUUUUUUACCCCCCAUUGAGUACUGUAUGGUAAAAUGUGUAAAAAUGUAUGCAGUGACAAAUGCUUUAUGUAUCUAAUACCAGUGUUACAGUUUCUAGAAACAGUUAUUGCAAAUGUUAUUGUUUUUAAUGUAUUUAAAUAAAAACGACAAAUGCAA